AUGGCCUGCACAGGCGGUGGAAGCGAAGGAAGGCGUGCCGGUCCAGCCGAGAACCAGACGCUGGCCAGCAUCACCUUCCAGAACCUGUUCCGCAUGUACAAGAAGCUGUCCGGCAUGACCGGUACGGCCGAUACCGAAGCGUUCGAGUUCCAGAGCAUCUAUGGCCUGGAAGUGGUGGUGAUCCGACCAACCGCCCGACCAUCCGCAAGGACAGCCCGGACCAGGUGUUCCUCAACCGCAAGGGCAAGUUCAACGCGGUGCUGGCCGACAUCGAAGAGUGCGCCAAGCGCGGCCAGCCGGUGCUGGUGGGCACCACCUCGAUCGAAACCUCGGAAAUGCUGUCCGAGCACCUGCGCAAGGCCGGGCGUGCAGCACGAAGUGCUCAAUGCCAAGCAGCAUGACCGCGAAGCGACCAUCGUCGCCAACGCCGGUCGUCCGGCGGCGGUGACCAUCGCCACCAACAUGGCCGGCCGUGGUACCGACAUCGUGCUGGGCGGUUCGCUGGAAGCGGAAAUCCACGAGCUGGGCGAGGACGCGACCGACGCGCAGAAGGCCGCGGUCAAGGCCGAAUGGCAGAAGCGCCACGAGGCGGUCAAGGCGGCCGGCGGCCUGCACAUCGUCGGUACCGAGCGCCAUGAGUCGCGCCGUAUCGACACCAGUUGCGUGGCCGUUCGGGCCGGACAGGGUGACCCGGGUUCGUCCCGCUCUCUACCUGUCGCUGGAAGACAACCUGAUGCGCAUCUUCGCCUCCGACUGGGUGCAGAAGGCCAUGCGCAUGAUGGGCAUGAGGAAGACGACGUCAUCGAGGACCGCCUGGUCAGCCGCCAGAUCGAGAAGGCGCAGCGCAAGGUGGAGGCCCACAACUUCGACAUCCGCAAGAACCUGCUGGACUUCGACGACGUCAACAACGACCAGCGCAGGCCAACGUCGACCGGCAUCCGCGACGACGUGAUCUUCGACGUGGUGGCCCGCUUCGUGCCGCCGAAUUCGAUCGACGAGCAGUGGGACCUGCGUGGCCUGGAGGCGACCCUGGAGUCGGACUUCGGCCUGCAGAUGUCGCUGACCGACCUGGUCAAGGACCACGAGGAACUGGACGCCGAGGCCAUCGCCGCCAAGGUGCAGGAGCGCGUCAACCAGCACUUCGCCGAGGAAGGAAGCCGGCGUGGGCGAAGAGACCAUUGCGCGCGCUGGAGAAGCACGUGA